AUGCAAGAGACAAAAGUAGUCAUCGGCAUCGCCUGCUUUUCCUCUCUUUUGGCAAUUAUGGCCACUUUAGUGGUCAUGCCACAACUUUAUUCCCAAAUUAACGACUUGAAUUUACGUGUACGAGAUGGUGUUCAAGCCUUUCGGGUUAAUACAGACUCUGCCUGGAAUGAUUUGAUGGAAUUACAAGUUGCCGUUACUCCCCAAUCGAAGCCUCGUUCUAACCCCUUCCAAUCUCUCUACAGGCAGAAACGAUCCUUGCCGGAUUAUUGUAUCUGCCAACCCUUGGAGAUUAAUUGCGCACCUGGUCCCCCAGGACCCCCUGGCCCACCCGGCCAGCCCGGUCAUCCAGGACAACCAGGACAUGUCGGACAGCCAGGAUCUCCAGGACAGCCUGCCCCUCCAUGCCCACUUCCCCAACAAGCCUGCCAACGAUGCCCUGCCGGAGCCCCUGGAACUCCAGGAAAGCAAGGACCAGCUGGUCAACCCGGACAACCUGGAAGGCCCGGAGCACCAGGAAAGAGCAGCGGUGCUGGACCUCCCGGCCCAGCCGGUCCACAAGGACCCCCCGGACCAGCAGGAAAGCACGGAGGACCUGGACAACCCGGACAACCAGGAAAGAACGGAGUCAGCCACCCAACCAUCCCCGGACCGAAAGGACCAUCAGGCUCCCCUGGCCAACCUGGCAAGCCUGGACCAGCCGGAGUGCCUGGAAAGCCCGGCCCAGAAGGCCCUCCAGGACCAGUCGGCCCUGCCGGCCCCUCAGGCAAACCUGGAGCUCCAGGACAACCAGGUCCUCACGGACCCCCUGGCCAACCAGGACAAGAUGCUCAGUAUUGUCCCUGCCCACCACGCUCAUCUGUGCUCAAGGCAAAGAAACGCGCUUAG